GGAUCUUUUCGGGUUAGGACUAGAUGAACCCGCACCUGGAAAAUAGAAUAGUGGCGCAAAGAGGGAGAGAGAGAGAGAAGAGAGAGAGGGAGCGCGCCUGGUAAACAUUUACAUUCCAGCGUUCGUGUUGUUUGUGAGUGGUGGAAGGUGGCCAUCUGGGAAUUGGGGGGUUGGGGAUAAGUAUUAGGGAUCCCUCUUGUCUACUCCGACGAUCCAAUGUCUUCUUCGGCCGCGAUGGCUGUCGAUUCGAGUUCGUGGUCGAGCGCUCUUGUGAAGAUCUCUCCCUACACGUUCUCCGCCAUCGGCAUCGCCGUCGCUAUUGGCGUCUCUGUACUCGGUGCCGCCUGGGGAAUUUACAUCACCGGCAGCAGUCUGAUCGGAGCCGCCAUCAAAGCUCCCCGGAUCACUUCCAAAAAUCUAAUUAGUGUAAUUUUUUGUGAAGCUGUCGCCAUUUAUGGUGUUAUAGUGGCAAUCAUUCUCCAAACAAAACUAGAGAGCGUCCCACCAUCAAAAGUAUAUUCCCCUGAUUCACUCAGAGCCGGAUAUGCCAUCUUUGCAUCUGGAAUCAUUGUUGGUUUUGCCAACUUGGUUUGUGGGGUCUGCGUGGGAAUAAUCGGCAGCAGUUGUGCACUGGCUGAUGCUCAAAAUUCAUCACUAUUUGUGAAGAUAUUGGUGAUUGAAAUCUUUGGUAGUGCUCUUGGGUUGUUUGGAGUUAUUGUGGGCAUAAUCAUGUCAGCUCAGGCAGUAUUUGCCCCAAAGUAAUAAAACGUAUACAGGUUUUGAAGCAGACUUGAACCAUAGGAGCAGGGUUUCAGCCUUUUUAUAGCACCAUAGCUGAAGGCGUGUUUUGGGGAUAAGAUAUGAAGUGCAUGGGGAUGCACACAAGAAAAUGAUAUACAUUCCGAUUAUUUGUAGGCCUAAGCAAUGAAUCAGUGCAUGUCCAUAGGCCUUGUGCUCUCUCUCUCUCUCUCUCACACACACACAUCUUCAUUAUCAUUAUCUUCUUAACAUUCACUCAGACUUAGGACUCACUUUUUAUGAUAUAAUAAUUUUUGAAUGUUCAGAGACAA